UGGGUGGCCGCGGCCGUGGCCGUGGCAGGCGGCUGGGCGCGGGGGUCGCAGGUGCAUCUUGGGAGGGUUGGUGGCCCGAGUCGCGAGUGCCUACAUGCUGCUGCUCAAGAAACAGACGGAAGACAUCAGCAGCGUCUAUGAGAUCCGGGAGAAGCUCGGCUCGGGCGCCUUCUCUGAGGUGGUGUUGGCCCAGGAGCGGGGCUCCUCACACCUCGUCGCCCUCAAGUGCAUCCCCAAGAAGGCCCUUCGAGGCAAGGAGGCCCUGGUGGAGAACGAAAUCGCCGUGCUCCGCAGGGUCAGCCACCCCAACAUUGUGGCUCUGGAGGACGUCCACGAGAGCCCUUCCCACCUCUACCUGGCCAUGGAGCUCCGAGUCCCUGCUGCCCUCAGGGUGACGGGGGGCGAGCUGUUUGACCGCAUCAUGGAGCGUGGCUCCUACACAGAGAAGGACGCCAGCCACCUAGUGGGCCAGGUCCUGGGCGCCGUCUCCUACCUGCACAGCUUGGGCAUCGUGCACCGAGACCUCAAGCCGGAAAACCUCCUCUACGCUACACCCUUUGAGGACUCCAAGAUCAUGGUCUCCGACUUUGGCCUCUCCAAAAUCCAGACUGGCAAUGUGCUGGGCACCGCCUGUGGGACCCCAGGAUAUGUGGCCCCGGAGCUCUUGGAGCAGAAACCCUAUGGGAAGGCUGUGGAUGUGUGGGCCCUGGGUGUCAUCUCCUACAUCUUGCUGUGUGGGUACCCCCCUUUCUACGACGAGAGCGACCCUGAACUCUUCAGCCAGAUCCUGAGGGCCAGCUAUGAGUUUGACUCUCCCUUUUGGGAUGACAUCUCAGAAUCAGCCAAAGACUUCAUCCGGCACCUUCUGGAGCGAGACCCGCAGAAGAGGUUCACCUGCCAGCAGGCUUUACAGCAUCUUUGGAUCUCUGGGGACGCAGCCUUUGACAAGGACAUCCUGGGCUCAGUCAGCGAGCAGAUCCAGAAGAAUUUUGCCCGGACUCACUGGAAGCGAGCAUUCAACGCCACUUCCUUCCUGCGUCACAUCCGCAAGCUGGGGCAGAGCCCGGAGAGCGAGGAGGCCUCAGGGCGGAGGAUGGCCCGCCACAGCCACCCUGGCCUCGGGUCUGGCCAGCCCCCCAAGUGGUGACGCCCAGGCAGAUGCUGAGGCCGAGUGCCCUGACUCCUGGACUCCCUUCCUGUGGGCGGGCCCGUUCAGUCCCCUUUCCCCAGCCCCAGGACCCCGGGCUGGCCUCUGCUGGAAAGUUGGAGAUGUGUGGGUGUGGCGCAUGGCGCUGGGGCAGGAGUGGGUCUCCCCCCCUCUGCCACCCAGGCUCCGCCCUCGCCCGGGGGCUGGCGGGGUGCGUCCACGGAGAUCCCGCUCCACUGUCACCGCCACACCCGCUCUGGAUGCCGAAGAGGCUUUCCGGGGGCAGCUCUUCCCGCACGCUGUUCUGUGCUCUGCUGACUGUGGUGGUCCCGCUUGUGUCGUGGCCCUCGAGUUUUCCCCAAAUCAAUAAAUACAGACAGAGCGAU